CAUACAUCAUCAGAUUUUUGAUAUUUUGUUUCUUUUUCGUUUACAUCUUUUUCCAUCACUUCAUUCCAUUUGUAUUUAUCAUGUACCUAUUGAGUUUAGAAUCAAAACCAUCUCGAAACAUGCAUACCCUUCUAUAUAUAUAUGCAUAAUUUAUUCCACAUCAAAAUUUAUUAUGUCUUCUAAUAAAUAGAAUAUAACAACUAAAUUUGACCAAGUGUUAUAUGUUAUAUCUACCCAUUUCUCACAACAACAUCAAACUUCAAUUCAAGAACUACCACCAUGGAAUUCCAAGAAGAUAUCAAGAAUCUUAUGAAGGACCCCUUUCCGCCCCUUCCAUUCCCCUCUCCCGAUUCCUUUCCCUCGCUUGUUUUCCCAUCGAAAAGAGCAUUCCAAGGAAAAACCUUACCCAUAAAUCCCCUUAUAACUAUGGAAUUAAAGCUCUCCUUCUUGCAAUUUUCCUUAAGGUCUAUCAUGAUCAUGGGGAUCAUAUACACCCCAUGAUCGCUUGGUUCUUCUUUUCGUUUUCAGUCUACUUCUUUUUAGACCUCCUAUUGACUAUCAGUUCCAUAGUAAUGGAAUUCUUACUAGGGGUCAAACUUGACCCCCAGUUCGAUGAGCCUUAUCUGUCCACUUCCCUCCAAGAUUUUUGGGGCAGGAGGUGGAAUGUCAUGGUCAACCGAAUUCUCUAUCCAACCAUUUACAAUCCAGUCCGAACACUGUCAGCUCGGGCCAUCGGUCAUAUAUGGGCCCCAAUACCUGCAAUCUUGAUAACAUUUGCAGUCUCGGGUCUUAUGCAUGAACUUAUUUUCUUUUACUUCACUCGAGAAAGGCCAACAUGGGAUACCAUGCUUUUCUUUUGUCUACAUGGAGUCUCGUUGGUUAUGGAGACAACAAUCAAGAAAUUUGUUAAUGUUAAAUGGAGUUUACCCCGCCACAUCACCGCCCCAUUGGUGGUUGCAUUCGUGUUGGUGACAUCUUAUUGGUUGUUCUUUCCUGAACUCCGACGAUGUAAAAUUGCUGAAAGAGCAUUUGAAGAUUACGAGGCUAUAGCGAAGAUGGUAACUUUUGUUGUAUGAUGUACAAAUAGUUAUAAAAGAUAUUUUGAGUUAUGGCUUUUUUUUUUUUUAAUAAAAUUGUACAUGAAGCAUUAGUGCUUUUGUGGCCA